GAACAGGACAACACAGGCGAAGCUCCGAACUCCUCAAGAGUGGAGGUAGGAUAGGGAGAGGAAGCAGAAGAACAGUUUUCCUGAUGACCGAGCCCACACACUGACACAUCUCACAAAACACACACACUCACACACACACACACUUUUGGACUUCGACUCAUCUGUGGACUUCACCACCUGUCCUCUGGAGUUCAACCUGUGCCUUCCUUGCUGCCAGUCAUCAUCUCCAGCUCUACUCCCUCAGUCCCACCCCCCUUUCCUCCACGCUCAGUGAGGGCUAAUGGCCAUGGUGCGGGCCUCUCUUUGGGGUCUUCUGGGCUGUGGCUUGCUUUCCUUGACACUUGGGAGCAGCAAUGUGGAUUUCGGGGCGCCCCCUGCGAGCUUCUACCCCCGUUUUAACCCUUUCUUCUUCCUGUGCACCCAUCAUGGGGAGUUGGAGGGUGUCGGGGUGGGAGAAGGUGGGGGAGAGGUGCUGCUCACCCUCCAGAUCACAGGCAACCCCACCACCUACACCCCUGGACAGGAGUAUCAAGUGACCAUCUCUACCAGUGUGUCCUUUGAUGGUCUACUGGUGACAGGCCUCUACACCUCCACACCGGUGCAGUCUGCUCCCAUCCCUGCACCUGCUGCUUUUGGCUUUGGUGUGAUGCCAGAACGACAGUUUUCUGGAACCCAGUUUGUUUGCAGCGUUGUGGCGUCUCACGUCAGCCACCAGCCCUCCACCAGCUUCAGUUUUGUCUGGAUCGCCCCACCGCCUGGCACCGGCUGUGUGAAUUUCCUAGCUACAGCAACACAUCGAGGACAGAUCAUUUUCAAGGAUGCGCUGGCCCAGCAGCUCUGCGAGCAAGGAGCCCCGACCGAGUCCCCGCUGAGGCCGAAUCUUGCGGAGCUCCACGGGAAACACGCAGUGCUACGAGAUGACUUUGACUCCAGCAUCCAAGGAGAGCUAGACCCAAAUAUAUGGUCUGAGUGCAGCAACUGUGAAGUUGGAGAGCAGUGUGGUGUGCUGAUGCAUGGCAGGGCGGUCACUUUCUGUGAGCACUUUGGAGAGCGAGAGCUGACAACCGUGCCCCUCAACACCAGCACAGCGUCAGUCCUGCAGUUCGCCCUGGGCUCAGGCUCCUGCCGCUUCAGUUACUCAGACCCCAGCAUCACAGUGUCCUACAGCCUGACUGGUAACACCAACAGCUCUGAUGACUGGAUCACACUGGAUAAGAUCAGAGCUCCUACCAACAGCAGCACAGUUGUCCACCUGCUGCCUCUUCCGCAUCCGUCCAGAGCCGAGUCUGUACGACUCCGCUGGUCUCAGGAGAACCCCCAUAGACCUGAAGGUUAUGAGUCCUGCUGGGGUCUGGACAAUGUGCUGCUGGUCAAUUCUGCCCACAGGGCCCCCCUUAUGGAGGACAAUCUGGAUCCUCCUGAUACCGCUAACUGGCUCUUCUUCCCUGGAGCUACAGUCAAGCAUGCCUGUCAGUCUGAGGGCAACGCCCUGUAUUUCCAUGGAGCCGAUGGAGCAGGUAAAAGCUUUGCCUCCAGCAGAGACAUAGAUCUGCACCGAGAGGAGGGAAGGAGCUACUGGGAGGAAGAUUUUGAGAGCCCACCUUCAAACUGGAACAUAGAGGGGGCAGUUUACGGGACCAGAUGUGGAGAGAUCGAGUCAGGCGCAGCACUUGUGUUUGAGAAGGAGGGCCGGAGGAGAGUGUGCACCCCAUACCUUGACACUACAUCAUAUGGAAACCUCCGGUUCUACUUCACUAUGGGAGGCGGUGACUGUGAAGCAGGGGAAUCACAUGACAAUGAUGUGAUUCUGUUUGGGAGAUCGGAGGGCAGGAGGGAACAUGUGGUUCUGGACACCCUUCCAUACCAGUCUUACAAGACUCCUGCCGUGGUAUCAGUAUCACUUCCAUCUGAGCUGCAAACUCCAGUCUCCCAGUUCUGUUUGGAGCAGCGUUCGCAUGGCGGGGCGAACCGUCACGUGUGGGCCGUGGAUUACAUGCAGCUGCUCCCUGUGCUGCCUGGCACCCACACACAUGUUGCUCAGUUCUCCAUCAACCUUGGCUGUGGCUCGUACCAGCCUGCCAACAGUGUGAGCCUGGAGUUUUCCACCAACCUUGGUCGCUCGUGGUCUCUGCUGCACACAGAGUGUCUACCGGAGCUCUGUGCCGGACCACAUCUACCACACAGCACCAUCUACUCCUCAGACAACUACAGCGGGUGGACUAGAAUCUCUAUUCCUCUCCCCAACGCUGCCCUGACAGAGUCCACACGGUUUCGCUGGAAGCAGUCUGGUUCUGGAUCAGGCAACAUGUGGGCCAUAGACAAUGUGUACAUUGGGCCGGCUUGCCUUCGAUUCUGCUCUGGAAGAGGGCAUUGUUCCCGUACAGGCUGCAAAUGUGACCCGGGCUUCAGCGGUCCAGCUUGUGAGCUGGCAUCCCAGACUUUCCCAGCCUUCCUGUCUGAGGGUUUCUCUAGUCCACGCCUCUCCUCCUACCACAGCUUCUCAUCGCUUCGUGGUGCUGAAGUCAGCUUUGGAUGUGGAGUGCUGGCCAGCGGCAAAGCUCUGGUUUUCAACAAAGACAGCCGGAGACACUUGGUCACCGCUCCUCUGGACAGCUCUCAGGCCAGGUAUCUACAGUUUACUCUGCGUUUGGGCAGCCGUAGCAUCCUGAGCUCCUGCCCUGCACCUGAUCAGCCUGGAGAGGGCGUUCUGCUGCAUUACUCUUCUGACAAUGGCAUCACCUGGACCCUGCUGCAGCACUAUGCAUACCAAGGCUUCCACGAGCCAAGGAUUGUGUCUGUUGAGCUCCCAUCUGGUGCUCGUAAGUUUGGCGUUCAGUUCCGCUGGUGGCAACCAUACCACUCGGGACGUGGUCACGACGUUUGGGCUUUGGAUGAAAUCAGCAUGACGUCGGUGCUGUUCAACACCAUAAGUCUUGACUUCAGCAAUGUGCUGGAUGUCACACAGAGUCUGGGCUUUUAUCUAGGCCAUGUUCAGCCAUACUGCCAACACGACUGGACCCUCAGUUUCACCGGAGAGCCCAGUCCUGGUUCCAGUAUCCGUUAUGUGGAGACUCAGUCGAUGCAGAUCGGCGCCUCCUACAGUCUGCAGUUCUCUCUGGUGAUGGGCUGUGGCCGCGAGCCGUCCCCUCACAUCGACACUCAGGUUCGUCUGGAGUUCUCCACAAAUCACGGCCUCACCUGGCACCUGGUCAAAGAGGCUUGUCUACCUGGCAUGCCCAGCUGCUCUGAGUUUACAGCUCCCAGUGUCUACCACCCAUCAGAGUUCAAAGACUGGAGACGCGUUACUCUGCCAUUGCCUCAGAAGACAUGGUCGAGUGCGACACGGUUCCGCUGGAUCCAGAGCUACUACGGUGAGCAGGACGAGUGGGCCCUGGACGACAUCUACAUUGGUCAGCAAUGUCCCAGCAUGUGCCACGGACACGGCUGGUGUGACCACGGACAUUGCAGGUGUGAUGAUGGAUUUUCUGGAGCAGACUGCCAGCCGUCCUCCCCCCUGUCAUCUAGUGUUCUCUCAGAUUUCGAAUCCCAGGAUGCAUUGCUGGUGACGUGGCAGGAGGUGAUAGGUGGAGAGGUGGUUGCUCCUGACAUGGGCUGUGGUGUGGUCUCAUCUGGAUCAUCGCUGUACUUCAGCAAGGCUGGACUGAGGCAGCUCAUGAGCUGGGACCUGGACACUGAGUGGGCGGAGUUUGUUCAGUUCUAUCUGCGGGUGGGUGGAGACUGGGCGGAGUGCAACCAGGCAGACAGCAGAGAAGAAGGAGUUCUGCUGCAGUACAGCAAUGAUGGAGGCAUCAGCUGGGGUCUCAUAGCUGAGAUGUACUUCACAGACUUUACCAAGCCUCGCUUUGUCCAUUAUGAGCUUCCUCUGGCGUCUAAAACUCCCUCUACAAGACUCCGUUGGUGGCAACCUCUUCACUCCGGAGAGGGCUAUGACCAGUGGGCGAUUGAUGAUGUCAUAAUUUUAUCCGAAAGGGAGAAACACAUCAUCCCGAUGGCCAGUCCGACUCUACCACAGAACUUUUAUGAGAAGCCAGCUUUUGACUACCCUCUGAACCAGAUGAGUGUUUGGUUGAUGCUGGGUAACGAAGGCAUGGAGAGGGAAAACAAUGACAGCUUCUGUGCGCCCACCCCGUCUGCGAUGGUGUUUGGACGUUCUGAUGGGGACAGGGUGGCUGUCACCAGGGACCUGGCCCUUCGUCCAGGAUACACACUUCAGUUCAAACUGAACAUAGGCUGUGAGUCAGAGUUCAGCCCGUCGGCCCCAGUCCUGCUGCAGUACUCCCACGAUGCUGGUCGCUCCUGGGCUCUGGUCAGAGACGGCUGUUACCCAGGAACCCCGGGUGCAGGAAUUUGUGAAGGCAGUGGUCGUGAGCUAAGAGAACCCACCGUCUACAACACCGGGGACUUUGAACAGUGGACCAGAGUCACUGUGAUCAUACCUCGUAAUGUUGCAGCCAGUAAAACCAGAUUCCGCUGGUUCCAGGAGAGUAGUGUGUACCGGGAUGCACCACCGUUUGCCUUGGAUGGGGUUUACAUCUCUGAGCCUUGUCCAAACCACUGUGGAGGACACGGUGACUGUAUCUCUGGAGUCUGCUUCUGUGAUAUGGGCUACACAGUUGAGCAGGAUAGCUGUGUCCCAUCUGCAGCCAGUCCGACGGAGCUGACUGAGGGGUUUGAAGGAAAGUUGAGUCCACUCUGGCAGAGCAUUAGUGGAGGACAGAUUGGAGGAGGCUGUGGCAUCAUUGGUGAAGGCAAGGCUCUGUAUUUCAGCAGUUCUGGAUGGAGAGAAGCUCGAACAGUUCCUCUUGACACAACCAACACCCGACUGGCUCAGUUCUACAUACGGAUUGGUAGUAAGAGUUUGGGACCCACCUGCACUAGACCACGCUCACGCAAUGAAGGUGUCAUUGUCCAGUUUUCCAGUAACAACGGUGUCCAGUGGCAGUUCCUGAGAGAGCUUGACUUUAGUUCUUUUUUGGAGCCCCAAGUAGUGACCAUCGAGCUUCCACCUCCAGCGAAAACCUCCUACACAGUAUUCAGAUGGUGGCAGCCACAGCAAGGAAAGCACUCUGCCCAGUGGGCCCUAGAUGAUGUUCUGAUUGGAAUGAAUGACAGCUCCAGAACAGGUUUCCAUGACAAAUUUGAUGGAACGGCCCCUCUGAGACACAACUGGUACCGUAUUCAGGGAGGGGAGGUGAUCGUGGACUGUCUGUCUCUGGACACGGCACUUACCUUCAAUUCUGAGGCCAUAGACAAGAAGCCGAGGUAUGCUGAAAGCUGGGACUUUGAGGUGACGGGUUCAUCAUUCCUGCAGUUUGAGCUGAGCAUGGGCUGUAGUAAGUCCACCUCCUUCUCCCACGGCGUAAGACUGGAGUUCUCCACAGACUGUGGUCGUCAUUGGUCUCUCAUUACCCCGGAGUGUGUGCCCCCAGCCAUCGGCUGUGCUGGUUACACCCAGAGCUCUAUCUACACAUCGACUCAGUACAAACACUGGAGAAGGAUCACCGUCUACCUGCCUAGUGCUGCCAAUUCUCCGAGGACCAGAUUCCGUUGGAUCCAGACCCACUUCACCCCAGGGGCUGAAGGUUGGGCUUUAGAUAAUGUGCUACUUGCUCCUGGUUGUCCGUGGAUGUGCUCUGGCCAUGGUCUAUGUGACAAUGGACGCUGUGUGUGUGAUAAGGGUUAUGGGGGGGCACACUGUGUCCCUUUGGCCCCGCUGCCAUCUGUCCUGAGAGAAGACUUUAAUGAGAACUUACAGCAGGAGACCUGGCCCGAGGUUUACGGAGCAGAGAGGGGAACUCUGAGUGGAGAACCUCUCAAAUCUGGCACUGCUCUUAUUUUUAAAGGGGAUGGUCUGCGAAUGAUCGUUUCAAGAGACUUGGACUGCACAAACACUCUCUACAUCCAGUUCUCUUUUAAAUUUAUCACUAAAGGUGUCCCAGAACGGUCCCACUCAGUGUUGCUGCAGUACUCUGUGAACGGAGGAAUCAGCUGGCUGCUGCUGGAUGAGUUUUACUUUCCAGCUUCCACAGACUCUCUGUUCCUCCACCUGCCUCUGCCAGCCAGCGCUCAGACCAACGCCACCCGAUUCAGACUCUGGCAGCCUUACAACAGUGGAAAAAAGGAAGAGGUGUGGGUAGUAGAUGAUCUCAUCAUCGAUGGCAGCUCUUUGCACAAACCACCGGUGGUGAUCGACACUUUUGAGGAAGGUCCCAACGAGUCAAACUGGCUUUUCUAUCCUGGUGGGAACAUUGGUCUCUACUGCCCCUAUCAGAAGACCGGCCUAGAGGAAGAUGAGUCAGCCAUGGUGUUUGUCUCCAGUGAGCUCGGAGAGCACUCCAUCACCACCAGGGACAUUGACGUAAAUGAGAACACCAUCAUCCAGUUUGAGAUCAACGUGGGCUGCACAGCGGAGAGCUCCUCUGCUCACCCGGUGCGCCUGGAGUUUUCACGGGACUUUGGCGCCACAUGGCACCUUUUGGUACCGCUGUGUGCUGGUGGUCCUCAGCCCUCGUCCCUUUGCUCCACAGAACUUCACCCUGCCAGCAUCUAUUUCCCUGGUACCACUCAGGGUUGGAGGAGGGAGGUCAUUCACUUUGGAAAGCUUCGCCUGUGUGGGUCAAUAAGGUUCCGUUGGUACCAGGGAUUCUUCUCAGCUGGUUCUGCUCCUCCAACGUGGGCGCUCGAUAACGUGUACAUCGGUCCGCAGUGUCAGGACAUGUGUAACGGUCAUGGAGCCUGUGUGGGUGGGGCCCACUGUGUGUGUGAUCCUGGAUACUCUGGACCUGACUGCUCUGUGCCUGAUACCCCCAAUCCUGACUUCCUUAAGGAGGACUUUGAAGGUGGAGUUGUGGAUGCUGAGCGCUUCACACUCAUAAGUGGAGGGAAACCAUCCAGGAAGUGUGGAAUCAUGUCAAGUGGAAACCACCUAUUCUUCAGUGAGGAUGGUUUACGUAUGUUAGUCACUAAUGAUAUGGACCUGUCAAAUGCAAGGUUUGUUCAGUUCUUCCUGCGCCUCGGCUGUGGGAAAGCAGCCCCAGACCCUCGCUCUCAGCCUGUUCUGCUGCAGUUCUCUGUGGACGGUGGUCUUACUUGGGGUCUCCUGCAAGAGUUCGUCUUCAGUAACAGCAGCAACCAGGCCCGUCUGGUGGCACUGGAGAUCCCACUGCGUGCCCGCACUUCAUCUACUCGUCUGCGUUGGUGGCAGCCCUCAGGAAAUGGACACUUUUACAGCCCGUGGGUUAUAGAUCAGGUGGUGGUGGGUGGCAGCGCCAGUGGGUGGGGACCACUUGAAGAUGAUUUCUCCUCAAUUGAUGGCCGCUCCUGGCUCCUUCACCCUGGGGGAACCCGGAUGCCUGUUUGUGGUUCGGACGGACCUGCUUUUGCCUUCAUAGAGAAGUCUAACACACGCUACGCUGUCACCACGGACAUCAGUUUGGGUCAAGAUGCAUUCAUCCAGUUUGACUUUUCUGCAUCCUGCUCUGUCACAAGCUCCUGUUACUCUGUGGAGAUGGAGUAUUCGUUGGAUCUAGGUCUGACCUGGCAGCCGGUGGUCAGAGAUUGUCUGCCAACAAGUCCUGACUGCUCCUCCUACACUCUGCAGCGACUUCUCAUUUCCGACACCUACAACAAAUGGGGCCGUGUUACUUUGCCUGUUCCAUCCUAUGUCCGAUCUCCUGCCACAAGGUUCCGCUGGUAUCAGCAGGCUCCGUUUGACAAGCAGCAGACCUGGGCUCUGGACAACCUUUACAUCGGAGACGGCUGCCCUGAUAUGUGCUCCGGACACGGGCGCUGCCAGCAGAGCACCUGUGUGUGUGACUCAGAGUGGGGAGGAGAGUACUGUGAUGAGCCCGUGGUUCCUCUGCCUUCCCAGCUGAAGGACAGCUUCAGCCGAGCGCCCUCCCUCAGCCACUGGCACACGCUUACCGGUGGGAAACUCAGUACUGUGUGUGGAGCCGUGGCCUCUGGAGCAGCGCUGCACUUCAGUGGGGCCUGCAGCCGUCAGCUGGUGACCGUGGACCUGAACCUGACCAACGCAGAGUUCAUCCAGUUCUACUUCAUGUAUGGCUGCAUGGUCCCACCCAGUAAUCGAAACCAGGGUGUCCUGCUGGAGUAUAGUCUGAAUGGAGGAAUCAACUGGCAUCUACUGACAGAGAUCUUCUACGACCUCUACACCAAACCUGGGUUUGUGAAUGUGUUGUUGCCCCCUGCUGCCCGUCAGGAAGGAGUCCGUGUGCGCUGGUGGCAGCCACAGCAUGAAGGUGCAGACCACAGCGACUGGGCGGUGGAUAACGUCCUCAUUGCAGGCUCAGAUCCUCGGGCGCAGAUCUCUGAUACGUUUGGAGGGGUGGCACUUCCCAGCCACGAGAGAUCCCCCGCUGACGAGACUUCAGGAAAGACUGAUCUGCUGAGUGAAGAGGAAGAUGCACCAAUCGUGAGCAAUCACUGGCUGUUCUCAGAGGACUGCUCGGUGCAGCACUUCUGCAGCUCGCCUGAUGGUGUGAUGGUGUGUGGAAAUGCUGAUGGGAGAGAGGUGUACGCUGUCACGCAUGAUAUUCUGCCAGGGAAAGGCUGGGUCAUGCAGUUCAAGAUUGCCGUAGGCUGCAACGUCCCAGAUCGCCCUGCAGAUCGGCAGGUUCAUGUUCAGUAUUCAGUAGAUUUUGGGGUCACCUGGAAGUAUCUGGUUCCUCAGUGCCUGCCUGCUGACCCUCGCUGUGGUGGUCAGGUGUCUCAGCCAUCGGUCUUCUUCCCAGCUGAGCGCUGGAAGAGGGCAGUGUACCCGUUCCCUGACAGCCUGGCUGACACCGCGGUGCGGUUCCGGUUCUAUCAACAGCACUCGGACAUUCAGUGGGGCGUGGAGAACCUGUACAUCGGGCCAGCCUGUCACAGCCACUGUGGGGGACACGGAGACUGUUUGGAUCAGCGCUGCAUCUGCGAUCCCGGAUUCACCGGACCGAACUGCCACGCCAGCACAGCUCUGAAGGCGUCUCUGAAGGAGCGUUUUGACUGGGAGGGUUCGUCAGGCCCUCAGUGGCAGGCUCUGGAGGGCGGUAGGCCCUGCACCGACUGUGGCGUGCUGGUCGAGGGGACAGCCUUGUACUUUGGAGGAGCUGACGCCAGGCAGGCUGUCACUGCUGACCUGGACCUCCGGGGGGCAAAGUUUGUUGAAUACUGGGCCAGGAUCGGAAGUGAGGACAACACGACAAUGUGCCACCGUCCAACUUGUCGUAAAGAGGGCGUGCUGCUGGAUUACUCCACUGAUGGAGGUGUGUCAUGGACACUGCUGCAUGAGAUGGACUAUCUAAAGUAUGUGUCAGUGAGGAGAGACUACAUCGUUCUACCUGAGGGCGCGCUAACAAACGCCACCCGCCUACGAUGGUGGCAGCCUUUUACUAUUUCUUCAGGCCUGGCGUCUCCAAGCUUGGAGAGAGCUCAGUGGGCUGUGGACAACAUCCUAGUGGGGGGGUCAGAUAUCAACCCAUCCACUCUGCUUGACACAUUCGAUGAUGAGGGCAUUUCUCAUGAAGAAAGCUGGAGCUUUUAUCCAAAUGCUGUCCGCACUGCCGGCUUCUGUGGAAAUCCGUCAUUCCAUCUGUACUGGCCGAACAAGAACCAAGACAGGACACACAACAUCCUCGCCACAAGAGAGCUCAUAGUUCAACCUGGAUACAUUUUACAGUUCAAGAUUGUUGUUGGUUGUGAGGUAGACAUGUGUGAAGACCAUCAUUCUGUCCUGCUGCAGUACAGGAAGGAUGCAAGGUCCGACUCAUGGCAGCUGGUGCAGUCAGAGUGCCUCCCCUCCUCUGUAAACAACGUAGGCUGCUCUCCCUUCCAGUUCCACGAAUCCACAAUCUACAGUCCAGUCAACAGCUCGACCUGGACGAGAGUCACGGUUCAGCUGCCAGACCACGUCUCCUCAGGGGCGACCCAGUUCCGCUGGAUUCAGAAGGAGGGCACAGGAGAAAGGCACAGCUGGGGGGUGGACCACGUUUACAUCGGAGAGGCGUGUCCAGGGCUCUGCAGCGGCCAUGGGUACUGCACAAGUGGAGCCGUCUGCAUCUGUGACGAAGGAUACCAUGGUGAUGACUGCUCCCUCUCCAGCACCGACCUGCCCAGCUCCAUCAAGGACAACUUUGAAUCUGGCGGCGGGUCUCAAGAGAAUUGGCAGCUGAUCCAGGGUGGAGGAGUGGGCAGCGGCUGCGGACAGCUGUCCCCACAUGCUCACGGCGACUCGCUCUACUUCAGCGGCUGCAAAAUGAGGCAGGCAGUUACCAAACCGCUCGACCUCACUAGAGCCAGGUACAGUAAGAUCAUGUUUGUGCUGCAGAUUGGCAGCGUGGCUCAGACAGGCAGCUGCAACAUAGCUCUGGACCAAGCUGACACGGUGGACCGGGCCGUGCUGCUGCAGUACAGCGUCAACAACGGGGUCAGCUGGCACGUCAUCGCCCAGCACCAGCCCAAAGAUUUCAUAAAGGCCCAGAGAGUCUCCUACAACAUCCCACUUGAGGCGAGAGUUAAAGGGGUGAUGCUGCGAUGGUGGCAACCGAGACACGAUGGAGCGGGGCAUGACCAGUGGGCGCUGGACCAUGUGGAAGUUGUUCUGCUGGGGCUCCUACCCCCCCAGACCUUUCUACAAGACAGCAGUCCCCUCCUCCUCCUGCCUCCCCCCUCUCGCGCUCUAACCUCUGCUCUCUUCUGUAUUCUGCUCCCUCUGGCAUGGCUGUAGUGUCAG